AUAAUAGGGUUUACAGGAGCCGCAGGUUACAAUGAAUAUGGAUUCUCUUUCGAUAAAGAAACGAUUUCAUUCCGAUGCACCACUGCCGACGCCAUUUAUUCCCGACGAAAUUGUUGCUGAAAUUUUGUGUUUGCUGAGUGUGAAAACGAUCCUGCAACUCAGAUGUGUGAGCAAGGCAUGGAGAACUCUUAUUUCCGGUCCAACUUUUGUCCAAAAACACUUCAAGAAAUCAUCACAAAAUCCACACCUCCUCUUCACACCAUCGAAACCAAGUGACCCAAUGGGUAGAGUCAAAUCCGUCCCCAUGAUUCGCUUACUCGAGACGGAUCCGUGGAUCAUUGUUUCUAACGUUAAUUUUCAUGGAUGGAUGGACAAUUGUCAGGUCGUUGGUUCCUGCAAUGGCUUGCUUUGCUUGUUUUUUCAUUAUCGCUAUCAGAAUUACUGGUUUUGCUUAUGGAACCCUGCCACGAGGACUCUAUCAGAAAAACUAGGGACUUUUCAAGACUAUGUCUUUGACACUGUAUAUGAAACUUGCAGGUUCACUUUUGGUUGUGACAUUUCAUCUGGAAAUUACAAGGUCGGGACCUUAAGUAGGGUUGAGGUUCGGGAAGAGAACACAUUUUCGGUGAGAAAUGAGUUCAGAGUUUUGAGUUUGUGUGAUAAUAGUUGGAGAAGUUUUCAAUAUUGCACUUCCAUACCUGUUUGCUCGAUAUAUCAUCAAACUAAAAGGAUUAAUAAUGGUGUGCAUUUGAAUGGUACUGUAAACUGGUUAGCUCUUCCCAACCACAUUCAAUCAUGCUAUAAAUAUGAUUGGAAGUCUAUUGCUAAUGCUCAACAGUUUGUUAUUGUUUCGCUUGAUCUUUCAUCCGAGACAUGCUCGCAGUUUCUGCUGCCUCCGGGUUUUGAUGAGGUGCCAUGCUUUCAGCCAGCUCUUAAUGUUCUAAUGGACUACCUUUGUUUUUCGCAUGAUUUUAAGAGAAUCCAAUUUGUUAUAUGGCAGAUGAAGGAGUUUGGAGUUCAAGGUUCUUGGACUAUGUUAUUUAAAAUUAAUUACUUUGAUAUUCAAAUACACAACCUCCAUCACAAUAUUGAUAUUAUUUCACCUAUUAAAUUUGGAACUCCUUUAUUUCCUUUGUACCUUUCUAAGAAUGGAGAUACAUUGAUAUUGGCAAAUUAUGAAGAAGACCAAGCCGUGAUUUAUAAUCAGAGAGAAAAGACAGUAAAGAGAAUUAGAAUUGCAGACAAACUGUGUUUCUUUUCUAUCAUGGACUACGUAGAAAGUUUGGUUUCAACUUGUUUGAAAUGAGUUCUCUUCUACUCUACUGUGUACAAUAGUUUGUAUCUAUGGAGGUCUGUAACUCCGACUCCGAACGCAUGCCGUAUCUAGAAGCAUGGUAGGAACGUCUAUCCUGGAGAAACGAACCGAGAUAGUGAGUAAGAGGAAGAACCUUUCUUAUGGGACAGUUUGUUAGAUUUAUAUAGUAAGUAGGACAUAAUAAUAUUCAUUUUGCCAUUUUCUUGAUUUUUAUUUAAGGGGUUGCACUUUGUACAACCAGCCACAGUUUUACCUA